GGCUUUUUAGUUGGGCGGAACCUUUCUCUCGCCUCCUCUUUCCCGGCGCGGGGAAGCCUUUUCCCCCCGGCCUCAGGCGCGCGCCCGGAGCUCCAUGUGGGGCCGCCAAAGCCGCGCAGGGCUGAGUCCGGUUGCCGUAGUAACGCGGGCUUCGGUGUGGGCCGGACGGGGCUUCGCCUCCCUCGCGGGACCGGCGAUGGGCAGCUGGGCCGCGGCGGGGCGGCGGCUGAGCGGCUGCCGAGCGCGCGCCGGAGCCCCCGGGCGCGGGGGCAGCUCGUGGCCCGGCGGGGGCCGAGCCGGGAAGCUGAGCGAGCUGCUGCAGAGCUCGGUGGCGGGCGAGGAGGAGGAGGAGCCGGCGCGGCGGCGGCGGCCCCCCCCCCAGGAGGGCACGGUGCUGCUCUUCCCCGGCCAGGGCAGCCAGUUCGUGGGGAUGGGCCGGGGGCUCCUGCGCUACCCCAACGUCAGGGACAUGUUCCGGGUGGCCGAGAAGGUGCUGGGCUACGACCUGCUCUCGCUCUGCCUGCGGGGGCCGCCGGCCGAGCUGGACCGCACCGUGCACUGCCAGCCUGCCCUCUUCGUGGCCUCCCUGGCCGCCGUCGAGAAGCUCAACCACCAGCAGCCCAGUGUCAUUGAGAGCUGUGUUGCAGCCGCUGGGUUCAGUGUUGGAGAGUUUGCAGCCCUAGUGUUUGCUGGAGCCUUAGAUUAUACAGAAGCCUUGUACGCAGUGAAAGUGCGUGCUGAAGCUAUGCAAAAGGCCUCAGAAGCUGUCCCAAGUGGGAUGCUAUCAGUUAUUGGUCAACGUGAGUCAAAUUACAACUUUGCCUGCUUCGAAGCUCGUGAACACUGUAAAUCAUUGGGUAUAGAAAAUCCUGUGUGUGACGUUUCAAAUUACCUGUUUCCAGAUAGCAGAGUCAUUGCAGGCCAUUUGCAGGCUUUGGAAUUCUUGCAGGAGAAUUCCCGAAAAUAUUAUUUUAAGCGAACAAAAAUGCUUCCAGUCAGUGGUGCUUUUCACACAAGACUCAUGGAACCAGCAACAGAGCCUUUGGCUGAAGUUCUAAAAUCAAUUGAGAUUCAGAAACCAUUCAUCUGUGUCUAUUCGAACGUUGAUAGCAAAAAAUAUAUGCAUUCAAAACACAUUCAGCGUUUGUUAGUAAAGCAGCUUGUUUCACCUGUUAAGUGGGAACAGACUAUGCAUGCUAUAUAUGAAAGAAAACAAGGAGUAGAGUUUCCUUAUACAUAUGAAGUGGGGCCUGGGAAGCAGCUAGGAGCAAUCCUCAGAAACUGCAAUUUAAAGGCUUGGAAGCUGUAUAAACAUAUUGAUGUUUCAGAAGAUGAAGAAGCAGAGGAAAUGUAGUUCUGAAGGAAAAUCCACAUGAUUCCUUCCUCUCCCCCCCCCCCCGCUUAAUUUUAAAUGAUUUUAUCACUCCUGAAAGGCAGAUACGACAACCCCUGAAGACUGAAGUCCUCUCUUUAUCUUAUCCCCAGAAGAGCUCGGCACACACAAUUGCAAUGCAAGGUUUCCUUCCCCAUAUUACAGCUCCAGCAUGCAUCAGACUUUACGUGGAAGGAUCACUUCUAAGGUUCGGCCAUUCAACCUGUCAUUUCUGAGACAGCCAACAAAGAUGCCAGUUCACUAUUAGAUUUGGGCCCGGUCCUGCAAGCAAAUCCACAUAUGCAGGCCCUUUUACCCAUGUGGAGUUAAGUUGAAGUCAAUAGGGUUGUGUCCAUGUGCAAAGGUCUUUUUGCUUGGAUCUAGUUGCAGAAUCAGGCCCUUUUUAAUAUUAUUUUCUUUUUUGGACUUCUGUUUAUUAGGAUCAAGAAUUAAUUUAGAUAAACUAUUGGAGUAUAACAACUUUCAGUCACUACCAUGUUUUGUUUUAUAAGGUAUCUAAUCAGUGGGACAAAUAACUGAAAUGCUCUUUUUUUUUUUUUUUUUUUUUUUAAAUUUUGUUUCUACAGGAAAAGUUUAUUUUUUUCCAUGAGUCAGAUAAAUUAGAAAAUUAUUAUUAGAAAUACAGUUUUUUCUUAAGGUUGCAUUAAUAAUACAUUAUUUCUAAAGCUCUUCCUCCGUGAAUUAAUGCUAUCUGUGUAGUAAUUACACAAAGUCCAUCUGUGGGAGGAAGUGUUUUCCUUCCUCUGUGCUCACUGUGUUUCAAGAUCAUUGUAGAGGGUUUCCUUUCCUAAGUUACCAGAGGCAGAUGUGACCUUUUUCACCUUCUAGCCAGUGCCACCCCUCUCAGAAGCUUUACCAGAAUGCUCUACCACCAGAUAGGUAUAAAUAGUAGGCUUGAGUUCCCUGUCUGUGGCACUUUUUUAGAUAAUACAACUCAGCCAGUUAGUUAGUUAUUGGGCCAAGCUGAUCCUUUGAACCUCUUUUAAGGAAGCAGAAAAAUGGCUAUACUAAAUCUUUGCAGCUUCUCCUUACCCCUGUGCUUAGAAUAGGGGCCGCAAGGAGUGUUCGAAGGUUAGUGCUAGAAAAUACUCUAUGUACUUCAUCCUGCUACAGCCCUGAAUAGAGGAUCUUGAGUUUUUUGCCACAGCAAUAGGAGAGGAAUUCAGGUGCAGGAGGAGAGCUAGAUCCUUCUACAGCAACAGUAAAAUUAUCUUCCCUUUCUACUUAUGGGUUGGAGUGUGCUAAGUUGAUGAGCAGAUCGUAUUGGUCCUCUAUGCCAUACUAGGUGCAGUUCCUUCCCUUCAGGUUAAACAACUGAAGCAGCCCCACUGAAGCCUCUGCGCCCAUCAGUACGACUACAAGCUUACAUUGUAUAUGGGUUAGGCUCUCUCUGAACAGUGGGUGAAAUAAUGGUGCCUUGGGCCCCCUUUCCACCUACUCAGCCAACUAGUGGAGGUGCCCAUGGAAGUUAUGGGGUGGCUGUUUGCCUCCAUAACUAAGGAGGCAGGCUCUACUUUCCGUCUAGCCUUGCAUGGCAUUCCACUAUAUGGGAUGAUUGUUGUACUUAAGGCAUAUUGGAUUAUGCAGUGCCACUCACUGAUCCUAUCAAGGUUCUCUAGGAAGCAUUCCUAGCCAAUGGUUGAUGAAUUAGGCCCUUAAAUGAAACAGGUUCUUUUCUUGUUGCUCAAUGUAUUAAUGAAUCUCCAGCUUCAAACAAGCAUUCAUUUAAAAUAAAGCGUAUUGUGUCUAAGAAUUAAUCUUCCCCUGUAGAAUCCAGUCCUCAAACAACAAAUCUGUUAGCAGUUUUAAAUGUAAUCCAAAAACAGAAGAGAUUAUUAUUUUGAGUUUAGAUGCUGCAUCUCAUUCAGUCUAGCCUCACAGCCAUAGGGAAAUACGACUCUGAAGCUUAUUAUUAAAGACAAGAUGUUUGUGUCUAUCUUCCUCAGACGGUACCAGACUGCCCAUAGGAAAAAACAUAGGUUUAAAAAAAAUCGGAGAAGAAAGAACAAAUUCUCAUCUGGUAAUUAUCCCUGAGGCUCUUAUGACACAGCCUUGAGUCAGAACUAGGGGGAAGAAGAGAAGGGUGAAGCCAAGCUAUUUCCAUGGCACCUAUUUGAGACUGUUGAAACAAUCAUCAUCCUGGAUAUUCAGCCCAAACAUCUAGAGGCGCUUUAUUUAAAAAAAUGCAAAGCUCCAUACAAGUGAGUAUUUCUAUCAAUUAAAAAAGCUGUGCAAGCCUUUGUAAUUAAAGGCAGAAUAGAAAUUCUCCACUGAAGUCAAACAAAUGGAGUGACUAAAAAGUUCUGUUUGUUAUUGAAGGACAAAAAGACUUGUUACCAAAGGUGGCAACUGCUGCAGCAAAAAUUAAGGACAUCAUUGUCAUCUCUUCUUCCAAGGCAGAACUACUAAAAGCCCCUGAACAGGAAGAUUUGAAUCAGUUCUCAGGUCUGACUGCAAGGUGGUGGUAUCAGUCUUUUGAUUUCCUGUAGCUACAUCUUGCUUUUCAAGGGCCAUUCUGGCAUGGGCAGGUGAAGUGACUAAUCUGAGUCCAUCAAAAUGCAAGAGUUUAAAAACAGUGUUUCAGAAGUCACAGCCUACCUGAGUCUAUGUACUAGAGGGUUACCAGGCUGUAUUAAUUGGAUCUAAACUUUGGAUCCCACAUGCAUCUAAGCUGGCUGGGUCUGGGUAACAUCCAGUCACUGUUUCUGGCUCUUGGACUCUGAGGCCCACGUGGUGCAGGCUUCCUGUCUGAAACCCAUUCUUUGGAUGGGAGACUCCACCAUGUAACUGUGCUGAAACCCAAGACCAUUGCUGAGGCUUCCUAACUGUCCCAAGUCACUUAUGGAUCCUUCCCCAGAGUCUUGACCCCCCCCCCAUCCUCUGGUUUAUAGUCUAAUUUUUCAGGACAUGUGUCAACUAAGCAACAGAGAGUUCAACACUCAUAGCUACCACAGGAGAGUUACAGAACGACGCAAAGCAAUGAAUGCGUGAACACACAAUCCCCACCUUCACCACUCUUGAGAGGCCUUGGGUUUUUGUCAGCAUACUUGGGGAAAGACAGUGCUCCUCCACAGUAUCUUGUAUUUCUUGUGAUGGACUGGCUAACUUGCUUAGAGAACUUGUUCCUCUUAAAAACUGUCUGAGACAUUUUUUCUCCUCUUCCAUGAGGGCUGUUCCAUGCUCCAACUCUCUAUUAGCUGUUAGGCUGAGGGUAGUGAAAAGUCAAUUGCUCUCCUGAUAGAAACCCCAUUGCCUCCAAGGGUAGAAUUAUUCAAUUGUUGAAGGCUGUAAAAGGGUAGGUGGCCCCUUAAAUGAAACUGGGCUCGGUGCUCUUCUUCAGUCCAGGUGCUCACAGUUGGGCCAAUUAAGAGGGUAGUGCAGCAACCCAGGGGGUAUAAAAGGUCAGUUGGGUGUCAAAGCAGCCUGACUGAGUCAGUUAGGAGAAGACAGCUGUUAGAGACAGAAGUGGGUCCUGGGAGAAGGCUGAAGGUAAAGAGAAUAGCAAAGGGGUUUGCUGGCUGGUGUCAUCCAGGCUAGGGCUGGAGAGUGUUGGAAGCGGAAGUAGCAGUGGGAGUUGCCUCCUGGCCAUAAGCUAGAACUAAGAGCUUGAGAGCGCAGGGGAGAAACUUACUGCUGACAUCUCUAGUACUGGAGAGCUGGAUGCAUGGGAAUAGCAAAAGGGCCAAAGGGAAUAAAGGAAUGCUUCCCUGGUAAAGAUCCUCUCCCAGCAUAGACUUUUUGGGGGGGGUUCCAACUAGGAAGAGCAGGUUUGUACUCUAGCUGGAAGGACUAGGGUGGCUUGCAGAGGGAUAGAAGAGGCUGGACAAGGAGCCUGCAUAUGAUGGAAGACACUGAAGUAUGGUGAGAAUGAUCUCCUGGUAGAGGGACUGGGGGGGGGUUCCUGCUGGAAAGAGGAGGGGUUUAAGGACUGUGCACUGUGGGUUAUAUGGACUAUGUUUUAAGAAGGUUGUUAUGAAUUACUUGCACUAUGUAUUGUUAAACUUAACUGACUAGAGGAUAAGCUUGUGUGAUGUUACUGGGAACUCAAAAACCGAGGUGGCGGGGGGGCACUUGCAGGGUUGCCCUGUGGCUAUGAGGGUGCCCAGAAGGAGGCCAUGUGGUUUAUAAUGGCCUGGGUUCAGCUCCCCAGACACAAUCUCUUCCUGCUACAAAAUGAAAAUUCUAAUCCACGCUGAAGACUACAAUCUUAAAUGCUAUUCAUAAAACAAAAAGAAAUUACUAUAAUACAUGGACAUAGACAUGUCCUCCAAUCUUA